CCCCUCAAAAUUUACACAGAUGGCUCAUGCUGCAACAUGGGUCAACCGCAUGCCCAUUCCGGGUCUGGCGUUUUCUUUGGCAACCCAUCCCAUCCACUGAACACCGCCGCACGUGUCACCGGGAAGCAGACCAACAACCACGGGGAACUCGUCGCUGUCCUCAUUGCGCUCCAAAAAUCCCACUCGAAAUGCCGCGUCGAAAUCUUCUCGGACUCGGAAUACGCUAUCUGUUCUAUCGUCUACCAUGCACCAAAAGAAGCCCAAUCUAAUUGGACCUGCACUAAUGGGGACAUCCUGCAUGCCAUCAGCCUCUGGUUGGCCUCGAGGGAAGCACCUGUCAUAUUCCACCAUGUUCAUGGUCACUCAAACAACGCUCACAACAACGCUGCAGAU